UUAGGUCAUCCGUGGGCCACCCAUAGGCUGGCUGGAGGCAGGGGCUGGUUUAUCUCACCAGGCCGUGUCUGCUAGCCCUCUCUGCCCUCUGCCUGUGCUCAGGAAGCUGGGGGCGGGGGGUCUAGCAAACGGGAAGCCGGAGUUCAGUCCGCCGCGGCCUAGAGCAGCCGGCACGGAGCUCCAUCCAACAGCAUGUGGGUACUCCUACUGCUGUGUCCCCUGGCCCUGGGGUUCAGCCUGGAGGGUGGCGCUCAGACCCCCAGCAUCUACGACGAGGGCGGGAGCACAGGGAGCGGAGAUGAUGGCACCCUGGGACCUUGGACCAGGCUCCAGGCAGCGACCCCUUGCCCACCUCAACCACGCAGCUUCCCUGGCUGGCACUGCGCCAACAACAGCGACACUCUGGAGCUCUGGGACAACUCUCGGGCACUGCUGCUGGGCUGGGUGCCCACAAGGCUGGUGCCCGCACUCUAUGGGCUGGUCCUGGUCGUCGGGCUGCCCGCCAACAGCCUGGCACUGUGGGUCCUGGCCACGCGGGUGCCUCGGCUGCCGUCUACAGUGCUGCUCAUGAACCUGGCAGCCGCCGACCUGCUACUAGCCCUGGCCCUGCCACCCCGCAUCGCCUACCACCUGCGGGGCCAGCGCUGGCCCUUUGGCGAGGCCGCCUGCCGCCUGGACAUGGCCGCGCUCUAUGGCCACAUGUACUGCUCCGUGCUGCUGCUGGCGGCCAUCAGCCUGGACCGCUACCUGGCUCUGGUGCACCCACUGCGGGCCCGCGCCCUGAGAGGCCAGCGCCUGGCCACUGGGCUCUGCACUGCAGCCUGGCUGGUAGCAGUCACCCUCGUGCUGCCCCUGGGGCUGCAGCAGCAAACCUUCCGGCUGUCGCGCUCGGACCACGUGGUCUGCCAUGACGUGCUGCCCGUGGGCACCCAGGCCUCCCACUGGCGCCCCGCCUUCCUCUGCCUGGCUGUGCUCGGCUGCUUCCUGCCCCUGCUGGCCAUGCUGUUCUGCUACGGGGCCACUCUGCGUGCGCUGGCGGCUAGUGGCCGGCGCUACAGGCACGCGCUAAGGUUGACCUCACUGGUGCUCGCCUCGGCCGUGGCUUUCUUCGUGCCCAGCAACGUGCUGCUGCUGCUGCACUACUCAGACCCAGACCUGGACGCCUGGAGGCACCUGUACGCCGCCUACGUGCCCAGCCUGGCACUCAGCACCCUCAACAGUUGCGUGGACCCUUUCGUCUACUACUACGUAUCAGCUGAGUUCAGGGACAAAGUGCGGGAGGUGGUACUGCGCCGGGUGCAGGGAGCCACCAAGACCUCCAGAGAGAGGGGCAGCCCGGGCACAGGCACCCGGUCCUCGUCACUUGUGACCGGCCCUCAGGAGGCAGGGCAACAGAGAGGGGUUGUACUGGGUUAACGAGGGUGCCCCCCAAGUUCAUGUCCACCAGGAACCUCUGAUGAGCUUGUUCAUUAGGAUAUAGGGUCUUUGCAGGUGUAAUGAGUAUGAGGUCAUAUUGGGGUAUGAACCCCUCAUGACUGAUGCGAGAUACACACAGAGAAGGCCAUGACUACGGAGGCAGCGAUCAGGGUGAGUGGGCCACAGGCCAGAACACAAAGGGCUGCCGGCAGCCACCGGAAACCAGAGAGCAUCCUCCGAGGGACUCUCCCGCAGGCUCUGCAGGAGCCAGUCCU